UGCAUAUGUGGUUGGUUGGUUGUAUAUUGUUUAACGUCUUGCUCGAGAAUUUUUUUUACUCAUAUGGUGGCGUCACCAGUGCCAGUAAAGGGCUGCAAAAUUUAGGCCUAUGCUCCGUGGGGAUCCGGGUUAGAAUAGGUCCUCAGUACUACUUGCUUGUCGUAAGAAGCGACUAAAUGGGGGUAGUCCUUCCGAUGAGACCGCAAAACCCAAGGUCCCGUGUCACAGCAGGUGUGGCACUUUUACUUAGGAAAUUUGACUUACAAAAUAUAAAUCUUUCAGGCUAUGGGAAAUGUCAGUCUAUUGAUUUAGAUAGGUCGCAUUUGCAUUUUGAUAAGCAUGGAUAUUCAAACUUGAAAAAAAAUUAUUUCAUUUUUUUUCCGCGACAAAUCCGUACGGUGGCUGUGUGCAGAUUGUUCGAAUACCGUGUAGUGUACAAGUCUCACACGGAAAUCAUACAUAGCCCGCAUGGCUCCCGUGCAGUCGUUUUUCGAUUUUUAAGUCACCUGAAUUCAUUCAGGUGACCUAUUGCUAUCUGUUUUUGUCCGUCGUCGUUCGUCGUGCGUUAACAUUUGAACAUUUUCAGCUUCUUCUCUGAAACCCCUGAACCAAUUUCAACCAAUUUUGGCAUAUAGCAUCUGUGGGUGGAGGGGAACAAAAAUUGUGAAAUUCGUAGUCCCUGGCCCCCUGGGGCCUGAGGGGUGGGGCAAAAACCAUCAAAAUGAGUGUAAUUUUAAAAAAUCUUCUUCUUUACUCCUGGACAUCAAGAAGCCAAACUGUGGGCAUAAUUAUAAUGAGCGUUGAGCCCUCUACCAAAAUUGUGAAAUUCAUGGCCCCUGGGGCAGGGGUUCUUGUGUUAGGGUGGGGCUCUAUUGGUCAUAUAGUGAAAAUGUAGAAAUUCUUUGAAAAUCUUCUUAUAUUGGUUUUAUCUAAGGAGUAAAUAACCCUUUUCUUUAUGAUGUCUCAGACCUAGGUUUUUUAAAAAGGAUUAUUGAUUGAACAUAAAAAUGACACAUGUACUUCAUGACCACAUAGCUAUUCAAUGUUUCUUCCAUCCAAAAGUAAAAUUCUUAUAUUUAAACACAAACCUAAUUCAAACAUUGGAAGGUUGUUACAUGAUACUCAGGUGACCUAUAAGGCCCCUGGGCCUCUUGUUGUUGUCCCCUAUAAUUCGUGAGUUUGCUGUCGAUUUUUGCUGCCCUCUGUCCUAUAUAAAUCGUGCGUUUGCUAGCCAAUUUUGUUGUCAUCACUCCUGUAAAAUAAAAAAUUCCCGUGGGGAUCCGGGUAAGAAUAGGUCAUCAUUACCCCUUACUUGUCGUAAGAGGCGACUUCGGAGGAGACCACAAAAACCGAGGUCCCGUGUCACAGCAGGUGUGGCACGAUAAAGAUCCCUCUCUGCUCAAUGGUCAUAAGCGCCGAGUAUAGACCUAAAUUUUGCAGCCCUUCACCAGCAGUGGUGACGUCUCCAUAUGAGUGAAAUAUUCUCGAGAGGGACGUUAAACAAUAUACAAUCAAGCAAUCAACGGUCUUAUUGUGGCCGACUUGCACGUCAUCACUCCUGUCAUUCGGCAAACUUCGGAAGAUUCCGGUACCCUACAUCUAGAUGGAAUCAACCGAGGUGAUCCGUGAGAAUAACGCUUUUAUUGUCUCGAACUUUACGUCAUCACUCCUCCAUGAGCCACGUGACUCGGGUGAUCGUUGUAGGAGAAGAUAUGCUGUCGAUUAACUCAAGAGGGCCGGUCGGCAGCAAAUAUGUUGCUGCUAGACGACUUGCCAAGAAAGGAUAAAUGGUGGGAACUGUUUACGGCAGCUUUACGACACCCGUCAGUGGGAAUGGAAGAUCUAGCGGACUCUUUGGAAGAAUCGGAAUACGAGACUCAUACGGAAAGUAGUGUGAAGGUUGGCUGGACCACUCCUCUUAGAAAAUUGCCUUUCAGAAGUGUUCAAAUUCUUAUGAGACUGGACGUAGAUUCUUAUUGGAAGGUCUUAGCAGCAGAAUUAGAUUAUACUUUGGAGCAAGUUCAAAGACUGGAGACAUACAUGAAUAGAGAGGGAAGUUAUGUUCGGAAAUUGUUAGACGACCUUGCCAAGAAUCCAGAUUUCAAUCUCAGAAAACUCGUAACUGCACUUCAAAAAAUUGAAAGAAAUGAUGUUUUGGAAGAAUUGAGUCAAAUUAAAGAAUUUCGCCAUUUAGAAUGGCCUGACUCAAUCAAAUCCAUUGAGGAUCGUUCUAGAAAACACGUGCGAGGACCAUCUGUUGACGAGGUGACAACAAUUGCCCGUCCAGAAAGUUGUUCGGGAAAAUCUGAACUUUGCAUCCAAUCGCGGAUUUCAAACAAAGGACCUUUGGAGUUAACUUCCUGUACAAAUGGCUCUUGUGUGCCUUCAGAAACAGAAAGGCUGGUUAAAAGUGCACCAGGCGUUACUUUGGGAAAUACACAACCGAUGUCAAUGGAGGAAACUGAUGAUGCAUGUAGCGGAAACAGACACGGACAGAAUGAUGACCAUAAUGUUGAUUAUGGUAAUGCACUCAUUGUACGUCAUGGCAAUGAAAUACGCAUUCCGGUGACAUCGCAACAUUUUAUAAAGAAUGAAAACAAUUCAUUUUCAAGCGAAAGUACGCGGCUUUUUCCUAACUGCACUAAAACAGCGGAAGUUCCUCAAAAUAUUGAACCACAUUCAGAUAUGCUAAUGGACGAUGGCGUAGUAUUUAAAGAUGGUGAGAUAGAAAUCUCAAAUGAUGAAGCCCCAGAGAGCGGAUUUUCUCUUUUUAUCGGAGCGGCUGUAGGGGUGGUGGCUCUCUUUGCAUCUGUUAUCCAUCGUUCGUGAAGAACAAAACAUACUUAGGGUUGUUAUCGGCGUCUGUGUAGACGUGAAUCAGUCUGUGAUAUAAAUUGUGUAAGGAAGUACUGUAGUAAUUUUCGCUUUGAAGACCGUGCAAUUUGAUUUAACAUUUAUUUGUAAGCUAAAGACAUGAUUAUACCUUUGCUAGAUAAGCACCUACAAGAACUAUCAGGACAGAAAGUGUGUGCCAUAGUACCUACAAGAACUAUCAGGACAGAAAGUAAAUGAAAUCAUAUUGUUGUUUGUUUGUUUGUUUUUGUUGUUGCUUUUAGAUCGGACCACAUUGACUACAUGUAUAUGCAUUUUGUUCAUUACUCCAGGACGAAGAGUUAAUUGUGAAGUCAUACUUUAAUUAAGAUAUCGUAAUUGCUAUAGUAAGCAAAAUUAGUUAGUUUAAACAAUUUUACGCAAAAAGAUCACGAUUUUAAAAGGCAUAUAUGUACAUGCAUGUUUAUAUUGUUUUUAGAUUUCACUUGUCUGGAUCCAACUCCCAUAAUCACCUCAAGACCAAUUGAAUAUAUCACUCGCUAUGUGAAUCCGCACAAAUAGUCUUGAAUCUAAAGAUUAUACAAAUCGAAGUCAAAUAUAAACAAUAGCUUACAUUCCAAAUUAAGUACGCAUUACAUUAAUUUUGGAAAUAUUCUGAAGAAUACAUCCACAUCAAUCCCGCAGAAACGAAAACAUUAAUUCCGCAUAAACGCAUGUAUAGUUUCAAAACCCAUAUCAGAACAGACCACGCUCUUACGCGGUGUGUACUAUAAUGAUAUCGCAAGAAACUUCUUGACAAUUAUAUUGAAUGGUAUAUCUAAUUGUUAUGUGACGAAAUAAAAAUGAAUAACCCAA